CCUGACUCACUGCCUCCACCUCCUCUUUCUUUUCUCCAAUUCUUCACUCUUAGAGCGCUGGUCUUGAAUAACUACAGUGCUGCACCACCUGAGGUUCUGGAAUUUGGGUUUUCAUUGGUUCUUCACUCUUUUGUCCGAGAGGUGACCAAAAUGUCUGACGAUAUCAAGGACAAAUUGUUGAGAACAGACAAACAGAGUGAAGAACAAAUUAUUGAGGAAGAGAAACUUAAGGAUCGGAUCUGGGGUGAAUCUAAAAAAAUGUGGGUGAUUGCAGCUCCAGCAAUAUUUACUAGAUUUACAACAUUCGGGACUUUUGUCAUCACCCAGGCAUUUGUUGGUCACAUUGGAGCUACACAGCUUGCUGCUCACUCUUUGGUCCAGACUGUACUUUUGAGGUUUGCCAAUGGCAUACUGUUGGGAAUGGCUAGCGGAUUGGAAACUCUUUGUGGGCAAGCCUACGGUGCGAAACAAUAUCACAUGCUUGGAAUCUAUCUUCAGAGGUCAUGGAUUGUCUUAUUUGUCACAUCAUCUAUACUUCUACCCAUUUUCAUUUUCACUGCCCCAAUUUUAAGAGCUUUAGGACAGGAUGAAACUAUUUCAGAGGUGGCCGGAACCAUUGCUCACUGGUUUAUUCCUGUCAUCUACUCGUUCAUGGUGUCAUAUAGCUGCCAAAUGUUUCUUCAAGCACAAAGCAAGAACAUGAUCAUUUCAUAUUUGGCAGCAUUUUCUCUAUCAAUCCACUUGCUCCUCUCAUGGCUUUUGACUGUGAAAUACAAGAAGGGAAUCCCUGGUGCCAUGCUAUCUACUAUCUUAUCAUUUUGGAUCCCCAAUCUGGGUCAAUUUCUAUUUGUUCUUUGUGGAGGAUGCCGAGAAACGUGGAAGGGUUUUUCAUCCUUGGCAUUCAAGGAUCUCUUGCCAAUAAUUAGGCUUUCAUUAUCAUCUGGUGCCAUGGUAUGUCUUGAGCUGUGGUACAACACCAUAUUGGUUCUUCUUACUGGAAACAUGAAGAACGCAAAGGUUGCAAUCGAUGCUCUUUCUAUCUGCCUAAAUAUUAAUGGCUGGGAGAUGAUGAUAUCUCUUGGUUUCCUGGCGGCAGCAAGUGUACGAGUUGCAAACGAACUUGGAAGGGGGAGUGCUAAAGCAGCAAAGUUUUCGAUAUGGAUUUCGGUGCUAACAUCUUUGGCCAUUGGAUUUGUACUAUUCAUAUUCUUUCUCUUCUUUCGGGAACGUCUAGCAUACAUAUUCACCUCAGAUCAUGAUGUGGCUGAAGCAGUUGGCAAUUUAUCUCCACUGUUAGCAUUUUCCAUACUUCUAAACAGUGUUCAACCAGUUCUUUCCGGUGUUGCUGUGGGGGCUGGAUGGCAGGGCACUGUGGCAUAUGUCAAUGUGGGUAGCUAUUAUUUGAUCGGCAUUCCCAUUGGUGUGGUGCUUGGUUACCUUAUUAAAUUACAAGUACAAGGUGUUUGGAUUGGAAUGCUAAUCGGUACACUAGUCCAAACAAUUGUGCUUGUUAUAAUCACAUCGAAAACUGAUUGGGAUCAACAGGUAUCAGUUGCGCAACAACGAAUCAAUAGGUGGUUUAUACCAUCUGAUAAUGACAAUAGCUCCGAAUCCUUGUGAAUUACCUUAUGUUUUCGUUCUUUAUUUUUUUUUCUUCUAGGCUAAAUAAAAUGCUUAAUUGCAGAACGCCCAUGAAGUUAUCACUUAUCAAUAGCAUUUCACGUUUUGA